AUGAGCGCUCGUCCUCACCACUGGACAGGCUGCGUACUCCGUGCUUACUCACUAGUCACAAUUCCCGCCGCAGGAUACACAGCAAGAUUCGACUUGUUGGCCAAAAAUCGGCGCAAUGAUGGAUUUGACACUUCAGAAGCCGCCCCCCGCCGUAGCGGAGAUCUUAGGCACCUGUACAGGGUACGUUACACCUAG